AUGCUUACUGGGUGUAAAAACUGUUAUGGCCAUGCAACCGACCCACCUCACGAAUUGCACACCCUUUCCGACCAGCCAUGCACCACACUGACCGGUACUUCAUGCGACGCUUGCAGAUCGAUAAUAACCAUCGAAGCGGAGAUCCUCGACGCACAGGCUGCACUAUUGCGUCUCAUAGAGCGCCAUCGCACAGCGCGCGAAGAGAUGAACAUGUCCCACAGCUCAAUACAUCAACGCAUCCCCCCAGAAAUAUUGUCAUCGAUCUUCCGAUUCUGUAUUCCAAACAAUAUGGAGGACAACAUGUUGCAGCAUUUAUCUACGCCACGUCGGGUUGAAACGUGCAUGCCAUAUAUUCUAGGAUCUGUCUGUAGAACAUGGCGCAGCAUUGCUUGGUCAACACCACGCCUGUGGAACCAGGUCUACUUGCGUUUCAACUCCGAGAAAAACGCAUUGCAAUCCGAACUCUUAGAGAAAUGGCUCAGUCGGACAGGCGAUCUACCUCUGAGAAUAUAUGCAGAUUGUAUCGUAAAGCACAGUAGGCAAAGAACGUAUAGGCAAAGAACGUCGAAGGAGGAGAUUCCGCAAAUGGAUAUCAUCAGUCGGUACUCUUCGCGAUGGGAAGAUUUAUACCUCUGUCUUCCAGCCGAAUGUCUCGAUAGCUUGCAUGCACAUAGCGGGACACCUCUUCUACGGACGCUUCUUCUGAGACCCUGCGUGGAUUAUAAAAACGUCAAAUGGCAGAUGCCCCAUACUACGCCGCGGAACCUAUUCCUGGAUCUUCGAUAUAUGUACGAUGCACAGAUCUUGCAUUUGGGUCAUUAUUCAUUCAACGUUGAUUGGGACAUGAUAACGGAACUGCACAUAGAAACCAAUAUGCCGAUCAUGAUUGAAUUCGCGAUGAACGCUGAAAACCUGCGAUCUCUCGAGAUCACAAACCCUUCCAGUUAUAUAGAACCUGAUACUACAGGAGACGAUGCACCGUACCCUCAUGACCCAUUACGAUUCGAGGAGCCUUUGCUCAGUCAUUCCAAUAUCCAGCAAUUCAAAUACCGUUGUCUAUCCAACCACCCCAAUCAUUUUAUGACGUUCGACUUUCCUGCUGCGGUAAAGGUUCACAUUGAUAUAACAAACGCACCAAUCGACGAGCCAAGCGGGAUCGCAAAAUUAAUAAGCUCACUGGGCCACUCACCCUGUCUGACAUGGCUAACCCUGAAUAUCGGAAUGUACGCCGAUGGCGAUAUCGACCUUGUCCAUAUAUUACAUGCUGCGCCUUCUUUAGAAUUUCUGACUCUCAACUACAUCCACCAUUCGAAUUUAGAAUUUAAUCUUCCAAAGCAGCUGCGCAAUACCGCUGUCGCCAAUCCCAACCAAUUUCUUCCAAAAUUACGGGAGAUAUCAUGUACUCUUGGACUAAAAACUAUCCAUUGGACAGACCUACUCAUGGUUUUUGGCCGCCUUGAAGAGAUUAACGACCCAGGACGACGGCCGCUUACAUCUGUCGUGUACGUUGUGUCUAACCGGAGCAGUAACCUCCGCGAUGAGGAUAUAGGUCCAAGUCCCAAUGAAGUCAGGACCAUGACUCCUUACCUUCGAUCCCUAAAAACGGCCAAUCUACAUCUCGAAGCUCGUCUCGACUCUAAUAAGAACUUGCUGCCAUGGGCGCUUAUUGAACAGGUGGAAAGCAUGGCUUCCUGA